AUGGCAACCGUUCCGAACCCUGAUGGCGGCACUCCCAAGCCUCCCAGCACAACCAUCUACACCAAACCCGAUUUCCUCACCGCGCCGUUUCUCAAGGUCUACGAGCGACUGCCCGCGCACUUACCUUCAAGUCAUGCGCAUAUCAUCAAGGUCGGCCCCCUCAGGGAGGCCCUGUUCGACGGCGAAGAACAGUACGAUCUCAAAAUUCAAGAUGCAGUGGCCACUAUGUUGUUCAAGAUCUCGAAGGACACCCUAGAAACAUUCCUCAGCGGCGGCACCGACUCUUUCAAGCUCGUUCAAUCGUUUGAAGGACGAUCCAAGAUGCAGCUCAUUGUUUGGAAGCAGAGAACUCAAGUUUUGGUUGGCCAGUUCAUCGAGUAUGAGAAAGAGGAUUGUCUAGAAUGGGACAACCUCGUUUGUUGCACUAUCAACUACGACGGAUCUUGGAGUCUCGACUCUGCCAGCUUCGGCAGGUAUACUAGGCGAGAGCAUGAGCACGCAUGGUCUGAGACGUUCAUCAGGGCCGGCAUCAACCGAGAGUUGAUCGCCGGUGACAAGAAACAGAUGGCAGAGUAUGCAGGUAUUCUGAGCGAGUAUAUCAUCGUCAACGAGUGCUGGAGCGCUGAUGCAGGCUCUAAAUGGGACAUCGAGACCGCCGAGGCUGACUGA